AUGAUCCACCGGUCCCCUCUUCAGCAUCAUAAGGGCAAAGAUUCCCAGAGGAAGGUUACUCCGCCCGGCCCCUCAUAUAUGUCCGACGAUCAGAUCGCGAGCUAUCUAAAAGACCUGCGGACAAAUCGACCAACUCGUCCUGGUGGCUCCCGACCCUUACCUACCAGAACAGAAUCAACUUCCAAACCUCGAGACAAUCUUCCCCCACGAGCUACAUCUGCCAUGUCAAUGUACGGACAUCCAAAAACGCCUCCAGCAGCUUCAUCAACCGAGGUUGAACGCCCUCGCGCCGCCAGUGCUCUUUCGAACCAUCGACCGGUCUCGUUUCGUAGUUCUUUCAGCAGCUCAGCCGGUCGGCCACUGGUCCAAGAGCCCAGAGUUGUCCCGGUUCGACAAAACGUUUCACCCACUCGGGCUUUCUCUCGUACUUCUAUGAAUACUCAAUUACCAAGCUAUCAGGAGAGUCCUGAAAGAAGGAAAGAGCGAGAGGAAGCGAGAUCAUUACGUGCAGCGUUGCAAGGGAUGGGGAUCGAUGACGAAAUCCGUAUCCAUGAGGAUGCACAGAAGGAGGCCACAGAGUUAGUCUGGAUGCACCAAAAUCCUGGCCUCCAGUUCAAGAACCCCUAUGCCCCUUAUCGUAACCCGGACAUCAAGAAGCCGCAGAACUCAGAAAAACAGAGCCAACCUUACGAGCCGCCGAGUCCAUUUCGAAGAUCGUGGCGUGAAAGCCAUCGACUCUCAUUUAGAGGUCAAUCUGCCAGGAAUAAUUCAGAAACCGACUCUAAUGGCCCGGGCGAGGAGAGUUCUCCCAGGAAAAGUGGGAUCCCGAGAAAGAAUCUCAAGGUUAAUUUUGCACUGGACAAGGAUCAAGGGCAAACUGAUGCUGGUUAUGGAGUGGAGCCCGCGGAGGUAAAGAAGGACUCGCCUAGAGGCAUUUUCAGGAACCCGAAAGAUCAGAUUUACGAGGAACCGCAGAAUUAUGAGCACAAUGACAAGAACCGGUCUGUUUUCUCCAAGUCUGACUCGUCAGCACUUCGAAACAAGCCGCGCAAUUCAGUUCAAGGAUCUCGACCGUUACCAAGCCGAUUCGGUAGUAUUCCGUUUGUUGAUAAGCUCUCUCGCUUUGAGCUCCAUAAACACCCGCCUACUCAGUCGCACAAUCCAGAGUAUAAGGUCAAUGCGCCAUCUCCGCCUAUUGCCACAAAGCAGGCAAACACCGACUCGGUUGCAACCAAAGACGGGCUUGAGAUUCGCAGCGAAGAUAUUAGGGCUGCUACGAGCAAAAAAAGGUCUGAGCGCAGCUCGAGGCUCCCAAUGCCAACUGGAGUGAGUGAUCGCACCGGUCGACCUAUUGUCAGCUUCGAUCCGUCCUGGCAGCCCACCGAAGCACAGAGCCCUCCGAAGAGGGAGAUACCAGAAAUCCAAGUCUCUGAGUCUGCUCAAUCGCCACCAUCUAUCGAGGUUUCCGAACCUUCUUCUGUUCCCGUUAUUAAUCUACCUGACGAGAAGCCUCCUACUAUAGCGGAAAUGAGCCCUUCAAAGCAUAACAGACCGGACCAAAAACCGCCAUCGGAACCAGAAAAGCGACAGAGGCCCCUGUCUGGACACAAGAAGUCCACGUCGAAUGAUCGUUGGAUGUCUACUUACUCCCGUGCCGGUGUACCGACUGCUUCAUGUGAAGCUUGCUCACUUCCGAUUGCUGGGAAGGUCGUCACCGCUGCCGGGACACGUUUUCAUCCAGAGUGCUUCACUUGUUACCACUGUCAUACUGCCCUUGAAUGUGUGGCAUUUUACCAGGAGCCGGAGGCAAAGCGGAAUGAACGACUCGCAGAUCCUUCCGCAGAUGAAGACGCCCAUUCUUUGAGGUUCUAUUGUCACCUUGACUUUCACGAAUUGUUCAGUCCGAGAUGCAAAAGCUGCAAGACACCAAUCGAAGGAGAAGUGGUCGUUGCCUGUGGGGCAGAAUGGCAUGUCGGUCACUUCUUCUGCGCCGAGUGUGGUGAUCCUUUCAACUCGCAAACUCCUUUUGUGGAGAAAGACGGCUAUGCCUGGUGCCUGAACUGCCACUCUCGCAGAACUGCACCUCAGUGUGCAGGAUGUAAGAAGCCUGUCCUUGACGAUAUCGUGAUCACUGCUGUAGGCGGAAAAUGGCACGAAAACUGUUUCGUCUGCCAUGAAUGCGGCAACGGGUUCGGCCCAGAUGGCCGGUACUUCGUCAAGGAAGGUGAGCCCAGACGGACGGCCAAAGGCCGAAUCAUUGGAGGGCCGGUUCAGCUGGCUGUGUGUGAGCGAUGCGAAGGCAUUCGUCUGAAGUCGUCUCCUAGGGCCUGA